AUGGAUAUCACCAACUUCGUCGCCACCCACCGUGAGGCGCUCCUCAUCGGCGACUACAACUCAUACCGCGCACAGCUUUCGCGGCAGCUGCUAGCAACACGAAAGCGCUUGGGAAGAGCGACAGCCAAGAGGGAAAAGUUCAGCAAGAAGCCAGUCACAGCGGAAGACGUCGGCAGCAACCAUGAGUUCGCCCAUCUGCUACUGCUCACAUCUGAGCGAGCGUGGGCACAUGCAAUGCACAUCAAGACCAGCCAUACCGAGGACAAUGCGGGCAUAACCGGAUCCACACGGAGCCAUAUCAUUUCUCGGCUGAGCAAAGCUGCGAAGACUGCACACGAUCUUGUGAAAACACUACAGGAGAGCUCUUCUAAGGCGAACGAGCAGGAUGUGCUUGAGGCUAGGGCGUACCAGUCCUCGCUGGCAGGAUCGGAGGAGUUCGAGAAGCAGUCGGAAGGACAGCGAUCGGGUGACGGCCAGGCGAGUGAGCAGAGAUGGCAGCCGUGCUUGAGACACUACGCUCAAUCCCGUGUCAUCUAUGCUGCACUGCUUGAGAAGGAGAAGAAGGAGGUGUACAGGGAGAUUCUGGCGAACACCGUGGACCCAACCAUACGCUACGCUGCAUACCAAGCACAGCUGUCACGUACGAUCGCGAUCCCGACCGUAGCGAAGCGAUACUUCCCAAAGGACGACCAAGCACUUGUACAGGCGGUUGGGAAGCUCGAUCCGUACGCGCUCAAGGACAAGCCUGUGCCGAAGACUGAAGCCGAGAAAGAGGCAGCACCGCAAGAGAUUCCGAACAGCGUGACAUGGAGAGGUCGCAAGGCAAAUAUCGUCGAUGCAUCGAUAGGCCAGGCCCUUGCGAAUGUGACCGCUGCCAAAGCGAAACUACGGGCAUACCUUCAAUCAGAUGCGAGUGCGGCCUCGCGUGACAAAGCCGCUGCGUACGACGAUGUUCUGAUCGCAUCACAAGAUGCGGCAGACGCGACCAAACGGGCUACGGAUGAACUCGAGAAAGAGCGUGUAGAUGAAGGCGACCCGCGCAUGCAAGAUCUUCGCGUGACGAGCCUUUCCGUCAACCACGAUCUUGUGUCCUGGCGAGUCGGUCGCAACCGUAUCCUUAUUGGUGAGGAUGAUGGCAUCACCUUCCAGCCUGAGAAGCAGAAGUCGAAACGUUCGCGAAAGGAUGGCGCCGAGCAGCCAGAGAAGGAAGAACCCAGGGGACGACAGCUUGGGCGGUUGAAGGAAAGGAACGUCCUGUACGACGCCACGAUACAAAGCAUCAACUCUGUGAAAGACCUUCGUGGAGCCAUGCGUGACGAAAAGUUCGUCCAGGAGCUCGAUGGCAAGGCCAACUACUUCCGCGCGUUGAAGUGCCUGAACAUCUCAUACUCGCAUAGCCUACUCGGCAACCACCUGAAUGCGCUUGCAUUACUGAAACGGGCGCUGGAACUUGUGUCCCAGCCGCUGCCUGCCUCAACGUCAACAAGCGAUGCAAAUUCCCCACCAACGCUCGACAUCCAGCCAGCAACAUCCGAAAAGCUCAGGGCUCACCUCGAGUCGCUAACCUCUCGAAUGCACGCCAUCGUGGAGAUGCGAACACUCGAAGCCAACUCUGCGAAGGCUGCUGAGAAGAACAUGAUUUCUGCAGCGCCUCUCGUGCAGAAGCUGAACGACUACCCAACACCGGGUACACAAGUCGACCUUACAAAUCUGGUGACAUAUCCACCCAAGAUCGAGCCAGUCCCAGUGAAGCCGCUGUUCCUCGACGUGGCUUUCAACUACAUCGACUACCCAGGCAGAGCAGCAGCGGCAGUGGUAGAAAAGCCUCAGCCGCAAGUGAACGGUGUUGAAGAGAAUGCUCCUCAGCAGCCGCAGAAAAAGGGAUGGUUCAGCUUUGGGCGGUAG